GCCACGAGUGUCCACACCCCCUGUUGAGGCUAACGACGAUCCGCGGUACCGGGCCAUGCCAUGUCACUUUCCAUGUGCGCCGUCCUAGACGAUCACUAAACCAACUCUUUUCCACCAUCCCACUAUUCCACUAUCAACAAGAAUCCCUGCCUUUGGGGGCUAAGAUCACGUAGAUGACUAUUCUGCGACUCACGCCGAAUGUUUAUGUAGAUCAACCCUAACCAAUCCUGCCGUUCAGAUCUAUGGGUCCUUUACGCCUCAGCCCUAUAUCCAUCAUUAGAAUGAAACACUUCCCCAUAGAUAGGAACGAUAAUGCUCGGGCUCAUUAGGGGAAUAACACGGUGGGGGUAAUUCUUAACUCGGGACCGGUAAUGGUAUAGCGAACUUACAGAUAUCAUGGUCCGAUAUUGGAAGACCAUGUUAUUAUAAGCGGAGUAGCACAUGAGCGCCGUGAAUGGGGCUCAUAUCCUGACAUUCUCUAUUUAGAGAAUAGAGAACUUACUUAAAGAACAACCGCCCUUGAUAAGUAUUCACGGACCAUGAUGUCCAAAACCACAGCGUUAUUUAUUUUCUGACGACUAGCCCACUAAAUCGCAGCAGCAAUUUUUCAUGAAAACUCAUUGUUACUCCCAGACAACAUGUCGAGUUCGCCUUCAACCAUAAGAGUAGCCAUAAUUGGCGGUGGUUUAGCCGGUGCGGCAGUUCUGCGCGGGCUUCUGCGAUAUCCUCACAUUGUUGUCGAUAUGUAUGAAUGUCGACCUGCGUUCAGAGAAGAAGGACCAGCGCUGGGAUUCACCACAAGCACGCAAGAUAUUCUAGCUGCCAUCGACCCUGACUUGCAGAGGUGUUUAGACCGCGCCGGGGCCGUUCUCACCACAACCGAAACACGAUUGGCUAGUGGUCCUCAUAUUGGAAGAGAGAUAGACAUCAACGGUCUUGGAGAACGGUGUAAGAAAAAUGUCGACCGCCAGGCUUUUCUAAAUGAGAUGCUCCGCGGUAUGCCUCCGCGCAUGAUGCAUCCUGGUACGCGGAUAUCGUCUGUGACGGAGCUGGGUCCUGGUCAAGGACUAAUGCUGCAUUUCGCGGAUGGGUCCCAGAAGAAAUAUGAUAUUGUCGUGGGUGCCGAUGGUACCCAUGGUUUCACACGGCGACUUGUUCUCGGUUCCGAUGAGUUCUUGUCCAACGCGUAUCCCACGGGGUUCUGGAGGGUGUCUAUCAAAGUGCCCCUAAGAAGGGCACAGCGAGCUAUGGGUUCGCAGUAUUCGGAUCCGAGGAACCCACGUCAAGUUACCUGGAUCGGAGACGGGACCGCCAUGAUCCAUGAGUUGCUCGAUAAUAGUAGAGAGGCACAGAUCGUCGUCUACGGUAGGACGGAUGAGGCAACGGAGGAAAAUGGAGCUUCGCAGUCUUCUUGGGCCAGGCUUUUUACGCCGGAUGAGUUCCAGGAGAUAUUUUCUACUAACCGGGUUCCGAUGUGUCAUGGGAUGGUUGAUCUUAUACAGAGCGUUUAUACCGUCCAAAUGGCUGCUAUAUGUCAGUUGGAACACAGGCCGGCGCCGACUUUCGUAAGUAGCAACAUAUGUCUGAUCGGGGAUUCGGCGCAUAGUAUGUUACCAUUCCAAGAUGCCAGUGUCAGCAUCGCGCUUGAGGAAGCACUUAUUCUUAGUACUCUCCUCGGCCGAUUGCCAUCAAAAGAGGCAAUUCCGGCUGCUCUACAGGCUUAUGACCAUGUGUGCCGACCGCGUGCUGAACAAGCCGCCGAGUCCAGCGCCGAGACCGGGUUCCUUGUCACAGGCCGGGCAACGGGCGUCGGACUCGACGCUAACUUACUCCAGCAGCAUUUGUGGCAUAAAUAUGAGUUCCUGCUUGACGGGACUACCGAUGAGCGAAGAACUGCUGCUACUAUGGUUAUGGACCAACUAAUGGGAGUUGAGUCGGGAUGGGCAUAAUGACAUGCCUUUCCCUCAUUCACUACUCUCGCUUUUUAUUGAAACACUCUUUUCCGGAAUUGGGAUUUAACACGGCGGGGAGGAACGCGUCUUUCAUUUAUCAUGCAUAGCGAUGGUUUGGGUAAGCAUUUUGGCUGGGCGUAUACGAAUGGAAAUUUGAUGACUUGAUUAUUGUGACGCUUGUUAACGCGAUGACUAUGUUCUACUGUACCUACCUUACGUUCAUUUACGAUUAGACAUAGAAUGGAUAUUUUACUGUGUUUUGCU